UUGUAACCUAAUCGCUUCGUUUUGAUAAGAUUUUACCCGCCACGUUGAGUGAAGAGAGUUAUAUGGGAAGUUACCGGUUUGGGUUUGGUGAUAAAUAGGGCUUUAUUGGACCCAUUAAAAAGCCGAAACUGUUACCAAUUUUUGAAGAUUAUUGAACAUUACUAUGUUACCGCUUUUAUAAGGACUUUACAAAUCUCGACAAUUGGAAAAUUGUUUUUAUUUAAAACAAAAGGAUAUUUAUAAUGUUUUGACCCUUAAAAGUUAUAACACCUAGAUUUAAACUAAAUACUGAGUCCAAGAUAAUUUUUAACGACCUUUAAAAAAUAAAUAUAUAAAUUAAUCAAAAAUCUUUGUCAUCAAAAAUAAAUAGGUAUUUAAAACUUAUUUAACCUAAAAAUCAUAAUCCAUACAUAGAAAAGUAAAAUCCAAAAUAAUAUUUAACGACAGUAAAAAAAUAUAAGCAUAUCAUCAGUUUCGGGCAAGUAGAACAACUUCAUCAUCAAUUAAUAUUCCACUUUCUCACUUGCAUUCAUAAAAGAAAGCAUGAUCAAUGAAUUAAUUAUUGAGAAUUAUCAUGUGUGCCCAUAAGAUAGACUAGACAGAACAAUACACUAUAGGUUUAGUUGUUUCAGUGUGAAUCUAACAUUAAUUUGUAGGCUUUGGAAAUUGGGGAUAUGUAUAACAUAUUAUAUGGUUCUUCUAUAUAAUGUAUGAUUUAGGUUGUCAAAAUACAAUUCCAACUAUCAUAUUCAAUUAUACAUAGAUUUAUAAACAAUACAAAUAACCAACAAUAAACUCCACUAACCCAUAAUUCCAUUUUUUUUCUCUCUUUUUAAGUCUAAAAUAGACUAAAAAUAAAUAAAUUUACAAAAAAAAGAUAAUUUUAGUAUAUUGUCAAUUAUCGGAUUCAGAUACGAUGAUUUUCAAAACCAUUGUCUCAUGAUAUUCUAUGCGUUAUAUUUGAAUUAUUGUAGUCAUAUCCAAUUCUACUCCAUAUCUUGUUACAUAACAUUUUUUUCUUUUCUAGAUACUAGUUUGAUUACCAGUUUGAAAAUCUAUUCCUAAAAAAUCUAGAAACAAAGAAUAAAGCAUUGGAUCAGUUAUGAUAAAUCCUCUUAUAAUCAAUUCUUUGAACUGUUACCAUUAAUGAUCUCUCACAUUAUAUCCCCAAAUUGUGACACUGAGGACAAUAAAUUGGAUUUUAUUAUUGUUAGAUCUAACUUUGUUGUUGUCAUUUGACUUGUUUCUAUAUAUCUUGCUAUCAAGAUAAGGUUGGUGCUUUGUUAGGAAAAAGUUGUUCUGAUAUGUCUAGGUGUUACUUGAAUCAAUUUUUUCAUCAAUGUUAAGACAUUGUAAUCAAUAUACUUGGGAAAUUCAUAUGCUACUAGACUUUUUGUUUCUUGCAGCUUAAUGUUUUAACAAAACUACAUAAAAUAAAUUGGUGUUCAAAUAAAAAAACUACAUAAGAUAAAAUAUCAUUUACAUAAGUUAGAGCAUCAAGUAUAAAGCAAAGUGGUACCUAAGAACACAUUUUAAAUUAACUGUUUAUGCAAAUGAUUGUUUACCACUCCCAGUUUUCUCUACUUUUUAUUGUUUUUAUCAUAUUGAUGUUAUUUAUCAACUCUCAUUUUCCUCACCAAUCUUAUUUGGGGGUUGCCUAACAUAAUUACAUCUAUGUAAACUCCACAAAUGUAUACAUGUAAAGAUAUAUUUGUUUUCUUAUUUGUCAAAAUAUAUAAGAUCAAAAUGAUUAAAAAGUUGAUAGUAUAUAAUAGUUGCAUAACAGAACAUUAGAGAACAUCUUCUUGCAUGAACCUGCCUCAGCAUGGAGUAGUGGAUCUUAGACAUUCCUAACUGGGUAUGGUAUUAUGCAAUGUGCAUCAUAAAGGUAAACAAGUUUUUAAAGUUAAAUUUAUAAAAACUUUCAGGAAAGUGGCAUUUCUGCAAACCAAUCUGAUCUACUAUGUUAUAUUUACCAACUUUUCAUAUUAAUAUUUAUUACUUAAUAUGAAAAUAGCAAUAUAUUUUAUUACCUAACCGAUUAUGUUUAAGAUUUUUUUUUUGGAGGGGGGGGUCAAAAUUAUACUUUAGUUUUUAAUCAUAAAAAUCUACUUCAAAGGUAUCCAAACUUUUUAAAAAUUUGCAUAUUAUUAAAUAUCUUAAUUAUUAGUUAACUUGUAUUUGUUCAAAAAAAAAUUUAUUAGUUAACUUGUUUGUCUUUAUGUGAAUUUUAUGGUAAAAUAACAAAAGGGUAGAAGACUAGAAUAGAAUGUAUUAGUCAAAGAAGCCGAUGCGGGACUCUAUAAUUUAUAUAUGCAUCAAAUAAUGACAAAAGAAGCCGAUGCGGGAUUCUAUAAUUUAUAUAUGCAUCACAGUAGAUGACGUAAAUGAUCUGGUUUCAUAUUUAGUUUCCUGAGUCUAGGGUCAUUUCCUUUGCUGAAGAAGAAACUUCUGAGUAGUGUGAGCAAUGAGCAGCAUUGUAACGAUGUCAAAGGGUUGUGAGGUUGAAGUGUGUUCUGAAGAGGAAGGGUUCAAAGGCGUUUGGUUCCGAGCGGUCUUAGAGGAGAACCCUACCAAGAGUGGACGGACCAAGCUCCGUGUCCGCUACACGGAUUUUAUAACCAACGAUGAAUCCUCUCCCUUAACCAAUAGCGUCGAGCAGAGACUCAUCCGGUCGAUACCGCCUGAGGAUCUCCAAAACAGCGUUGUUUUGAAGGAAGGAACGGUGGUCGAUGCGAAAUACAAAAAUGGGUGGUGGAAAGGUUUUAUUGUAAAGAAGAUAUCAGAGGGUGAGAAGUUUUUGGUUUACUUCAAUUCACCUCCGGACCUAUACGAGUUCGAAAGAAACCAGUUGCGUGCUCAUCUUGAGUAUAAAAACUGGAAAUGGGCUGUACCAAAAACCGAGGUACAUAUAUAAUAAAUAAAUAAAUCAGGGGUAAAUCUAGAUUUAGAUUUCACUGGGUGCAAUAAUAAUGAAUUUCCAUCUUUUUGAUGAUGAUUGCUUCUCAUUUUACCUUAAAAAUAAUAAAAAAAUGAAAAAUUAGUGGGUGCAUGACACCCAUAGCAUACUACUUGCCUUCCCCCCUAUAUAUUUUCAAGGCUAUAUCUCACUCUCAGAUUUGUGAGACCAUAAAUAUUUUUUUAAUCUUAAUUUAGAAAAAAAAAACUGAUAUACCUAUGUAUAAUUGUUCUUUAAAUUUUAGGGGUCAAUGUGAAUAUUUCAUUCGGAUGCAUGUUGUUUUGUUCGAAAUUUCUUAAAAAAUUUGUUGCAAGUUACGUACCUUUUGUUUUAUUUGUUUUUGUUGCAUCUAUAGUUUAAAAUGGUUAAAAGUAUUAGCAUCGGUUGUGAAUUUUAAGAAAUAAGCCUUUUUAACAUCUCUUGUUGGCCAUGCAGGAACUGAAGAAGUCCAUGUCUUUCCCCGGAGCAAUGGUGGAAGUCACCGGUGCCUACGUGAAAACUGGGUGGUUCCCAGCGUUGAUGGUUACAGAGGUUAAAGAUGACACUGAGAAUAAAUUCCUUGUCAAGGACUUGAGUCAGAAGUUAAGCCUCAUCAAUGGUGAUGAGAGAACACCACCACCGAUUAUUAAUGCACACUGCGUUAGACCCGCACCGCCUACUUCUUCGGUUGAUGAAGAAUAUCAGUUAAAUGAACGAGUAGAGGCGUUAUGUGGUCAUGGAUGGUACCCAGGGUUGGUGAAGGGAGCUCUCUCUGAGAACCGUUACUUGGUUCGUAUGGACAUUACAAAGGAGGACCGUGAAUUUAAGCACUCGGAACUUCGACCCUUGAUGGUGUGGGAACAUGGGGAUUGGCGUGAGAGACCAAAGAUAUUGACUUGUUCUGGUGCUAGGCCACUCGCUAAAGCUAAUAUUGUGGCUGCCACUGGAGAAUCGAUGGCUCAUGCUAUUACGAAUGAUAAAAAUCCUCAGGGCACGACCCCACCAGUGACACCAAUUGAAGAAUCUGUUUCACUUGCAACCCCAUCCCCAAUCAUAACUAUACAAACUAGAACUGAAGGAGAAAAAUCCUCUGAAAAGACUGUUAAUAAAACUAGGCUUCUGAUUGGCUUGACAAAUGAUUCCACUCAACAGAAGAUGCCUACUAGGAGCAGAAGUCAAAGAGAACAAGAACAACCCUCAGGCCUGAAUGAAACUGGAAAUGUAUCUGCUACUUUGGAAGGUAGAGUUAGGCAAAGCGGACCAAAGGAAAAAAUUGUAAACCAUUUUGGUGCUAAUAAGCCAAUGGCUCCUGGAAAGGCCACACAGCAGAUGGAAACAUUCAUGAAUCCACAUGACAUUCGCAAGACACUCACUGAAGCUGGCUACGGAGUAUUGAAAAUGAAGAGGAGGGAUCCUCGGGUCAUCAUAACCUGGCCAGUAACAUCAAUAGCAAAAAGAUCUGCAACCCAGUCUCCGGUCAUAAGUGCAACACCACUGAAACGUGCAGACGCCACAACUGUAGGAAAAAUAACCCCAAGGAAGACACCGGACCCAAAGAUGAAUCUGAAUGGUUUUGGAAAGGACUCAACUCCACAUAAGGUGCCUAAUGAAGAGAACAGCGAAGCUAGGAGUAGAAAAAGGAAAAGUCAACAACCCUCAAGUGCUGAGACUAGCAAUGGUUCAAAUGCUAUGAUCAAUGGUGCAAGUAAAAGUAUUUGCAACAAUGCUGAAGUUGUUGUACAGCCUCUCUCUGCUUGGAUAAUGGGUUUACCUUUUUCAAAGACGUUACCAUUUUGGAAGACGUAUGAAUCAUCUGGUUUUGAAUAUUUUCCGCAACGACCUCACUUCAGCCCACUGCUUAAAGAUAAAGAGGAUCUCCGUGAAUUGUUGGCGGUUGGUAUGAUAGUCACCUUUUAUGGGUUACUAGAUGAAGUAAAAGGUCUGAAGCUCGAUGAUCCUAUAAGCAAGCUCAAUGAUCUCAGGGUGAAAUUUGCCAAACUAAAAAAUCAUGGUUUUAACAUUAAAUCUCCUCAAGGUCGAAUCAACAAAUUGUUGUUUCUUAAAGAGGUGCGAGCUAAGAAAGCCGAGAAACAGCAACGUUUUGAGAACUGCAUGGAAAAGGAAGAAAGUGAAAGUCGCAAGUUACAAUCUAAGAGGGCUGGGAUGAAACGCAAGAUCUGUGAGCUGCAGACACAAGAUAAAGUUGCGAAAGUGAGGAUGGAAGCCGCUGAGGAAAAGAUAGCAGAUAUGAAGUCACAUGCAGAAAAGAUUGGUCAAGAAAUUGAAGAAAUGGAGGUUGAGUUUCAAAAAGUUGUAUCGGCUCUAUGCUUUGGUAAAUGAAACUAAGAGUUGUCUGUAAUUGUUGGAUAUUAUGUUCGUGUGUUUAAGGUUAACUACCCAUGUAGAUAUUCAUGAUACCGUAGCAGUGUCGAUGAUGCUGAUUUAUUUAACUUUAUAAGUCUCUGGUCUUGGUCUCAGUGACCAUAUCAGCUUUAACAUGUCUUGGUCUCAGUUAUAUUCUCAAACUCCUUACCAAGAAUCUUUUUUACGAUGUAAUAUUCAAGAAAAUUCAGUGUGGUACAUUUCGUGGUACCUCCUCUAUGCGGGAAGUUACCUCUCUUGCACCAUAUAAAUACUCCUUACAGUUGUUUUUGGAUGGCUUUUGAUAUAUUUUGCAAGUUCCCAAAUUUAAAUUCUCUCACUGGAUAAAUCAUCUGAUCUGUUACUGAUAAGCUAGUCUUUUGAAGUUAUUUAUUUUCUUCUCACUAAUUUUAUUUUGUUUUCACUAAGGACAAAGUGAGUGGGUGUAAUCAACCUUUGUAGUGAGAUAUGUACAAUGUGUCACGCAUAAAACCCUAAACACAUGAUUAGAACAUAAAGAGAUAUGUUAUAUUCCCUUACAAACUAUGUAUAAAUUUAAUAAUUCAGAUUUGAGAUUCCUACUCUGAUCCUUAUUUGUAUGGCAUUAAGAGAAUCCAAAAAGUAAAGCGUGAAACAAGAGAAGAAGGCACCUUUGCUUUUUUUCCGUGACCGUGAGGCAGCAACUCGCAUGCGCCUCUAACCUUACGAGUUAUGCUAUGUAUUUAAUUUAAGACUAUAAUUCACAAAAUAUAAAAAAAAUUGCUUUCUUUCAAUUCAUAAACAUAUCUUAAAAUUAAAACAAAUAAAAAUAAUCAUAAAAACUGUUUUUUUUUUAACUUAGCUUUCAUAUAUGAAUGCAGGAGAAAAAGUUAUCAUAGGAUCAAAUUAUGCCCUUCUUUUUGUACAUUAAGUUAAAUCACUCAAGGAAAAAUACAAGUCCAUAGGCUUUAGUGUUUUAGGGCACAUCCAAGCCAAGUACAUUUAGCCUAAAUCAAAGAUCAUAACAGAGCCCUAAAAGAACCUCAAGAUGGAGGAAUGAAGCCUAGAAGAGGAGCCAAUAGUUGAAAAUGGGGCAAGUAGGGUAACCAAGGUUCUAUAAAUCGGUAUAGGUGCCCGUCUAGGCGUAAACUCGUUCAUAUCCGUCUUAAAAUCCGAUUUAUUUGAUUCAAAUCUGUUUAAAUUAUCUUAAAUCGGUUAAAAUCAGUUUAAAUCGAUCUAAAAUAGUCUAAAUCUGUUAAUAUUAAUCAAUAAUGUUAGUACAAAUUCACAAAAUAUCUAAUUUAUUUUGUUUCGUAUAUUUAAGUUUUAUAAUUCAUCAUAAUAAUUUUAUAAUUAAAUUCAAAAUUAAUAUAUCUUAUAUGAAUGUAUAAAAUAUAUAAAAUAAAUUAAUAAUUCGUUAAUGCCGAAACUGAAUUAUAUAUCUAACUGCCAGUUUUUUAUUUUUUAUUUUUUUGACAACAACUGCCAGUUUUUUAUAAAGUGUUUAAUUAUGAUAGGAUACAAGAAGACUCGUUAGUUGACGUUGAAGUGGCGCCAAGGUUAUCAACACGACCACGUAAGCCAAACAGCAAAUAUCUUUAAAAAGGAUAUAUCUUUUAUUUAGUUUGUUUCAAUUGUUAAAUAAGGGGAACGCUUCUUACGCAACGUUCUCCACCUUUCCCAUGUUUCCUGCAUUGUAGGAGUCAAUGACUCCAUCUCUUGUUUCUGUUAUUUGCUUCUUGUACUCUCUAUUUAAAGAAAUGAAAAAGACAAAAAGAGGUAGACUUAUCUACCCAAAA